UUAGCCACAUAAUGCAAUUUUAUUUGAUAAAAUUGCGAGCCCAGUGUUUAAUUUAAAAAAAAGAGUCUUGUUAACAUUUUGUUAGCUGUGCUGUUUCUUCCUCCUAUGUCCAAUUUUUUUAUUUAUUUAUUUACCAAUUUUAUUGCUAUGUAAAACUAACUUCAGUAAUUUAAGGAACAUUUAGGAGAAUAAAGUAUUUCAAAUAUCCCCGACAUUCACAAGUUUUUAGAAAUAACUCAAAAUUUACAGUAUGCUGAAGUUAAAAAAAAAUAAAAAGUAGAAAAGCAACAUAAAACAGUCCACUUUGCCUAAAACUGACAAUCCAACAAGUCACACCUUUGCAUCAGACACAGGCGCAUAGUAAACUUUUUUUAUUGAACAUUGGUGUGGGGGGAAAAUUCUCCUAUUAGAUCAGCAGAUAUCCAGAAAUACCCUGGUUCUGCAAACCGCUCCCACCUCAGCACUUGCUGGCCAAUGGGAAGGGGAAGCAGGGUGUGUGCACAUGCCAUAUAAGAGAGAUGAUGCCCAGGUGGUGGAGCAUUGUACAGGUGAGCACUCCAACUCUCAUGUCCCCACUCUUCACUGCCUGAGGAUACAGCUUCACAGCACCAGACACAGGACCUGACAAAGUUUGUCCUUAAAGCAUGCUGACAGAGUUAGAGACGAGGGCUUACGUGCCUGAGGUGAAGCUGGGCGGAUGUCGGAGUUCCUGGAGUGGGCUGGCACCCUCGUCCUGCGCUGAGGUCGACCUCGAGGUCAUCGAGGAGUACCUGCAGGAGCAUUCGCUCGAGGUCCAACCCGCUCACACACCUCCAACAUCCAUGGCUGCAAACAUGGGUCACCAAAUGCACGUUCACGCCCACCGGGACGCCAGGAUCAUAGAGAACAGCUGGUCGGGUCAGCAUCCGUACGAGUGGCGCUUCGGCUGCCACACUCCAAACAAGGAAUACAAGGACCCAACUCCACAUCCAGCCUGGCAGAGUUCACAAGACCAGUAUGAACACGUAACAUACUACGAGCCUACGAGUAUAUAUAUUGAUUCAGACUCACAGUCAAGCAGUUCCCAGUACCAGGAUUACCAAGAUUCACCAUCACCACCCUCCGACAGAGGGGAGAGGAAGGACAGAAGUUUGCCUCUGGCACCACUAUCAGGAAAGAGGAAGGAGCGCCUGUUCCAGUUCCUGUUUGAGAUGCUGCAGACUCCAUCAAUGAGGAGCUGCAUCUGGUGGGUCCAGUCCUCCUCUGGGACCUUUCAGUUCUCCUCCCAGAACAAGGAGAGCCUGGCGCAGCUGUGGGGUCGCCGGAAGGGAAACCGCAAGACCAUGACCUACCAGAAGAUGGCACGGGCACUAAGGAACUACUCACGGACUGGAGAGAUCCACAAGGUGAAGAGGAAGCUCACAUACCGCUUCGAUGAGAAGACACUGAAAGGCCUACAAGGAGACAGCAAAUUAGAGUAGCGGGUGUGUCAAAGAGCUCAAAUCAGAAAAUCAUUGGACUCGUGCGACAUAUUUUGUGCAGAUUCUAACUAUAUGGUAUUUUAAUGACAAAUAAAUACUAAGUAUUUGAAAGGCCAGAGCAUUAACUACUGACAGUCUGAGCUUUGCAUUGAUACAUGGUGUGUCAGAAGACUGAACAAGAAAUUAUGAAAGUGAUACAUGCAAAUUUCAGGCUGUGAAUGAGAGGUUAGCUGGCAAACACCAAGUAAAUCUAAAAGAUUAUGACAUAUUCUCUACUUUAUAAGUAGAAUUUAAAUCUCUCUUCAUAAAAGUUUUUUUCCUCUAUUUCGUGAUUCUGUGUUGCAGGUAUUCAUGAAAAUAUGUGUGUAAACGUGCUCUGUUUGUGUCAAUAUAUCUUGCUCAAGGUAAAAUAAAUCGAAAAAGAGCAGAAAAAAG